CCACCCCUUUGCGCAUAUAUUUGCAUGCCCCUUCUUCCCUUUUACUUUGCUUUUCAUUUUUCCUCUCCACCUCACGAUUGUUCUUUUCUCCCAUCUCUCACUUCCCUCUGUCCAAGAACCGAAUCAAUCAAAACUCUCAAGUAUAUAUUUACAUAAACGGGUUAUAUUCUAUAUUAGAAGCAGAGCAGAAUAACAAAGUCAGAGAUAGAUAUUGAUACGUUUAUAAUUGCUUUUGGGAUCAACGAAUACCAAGAAAAUUAUCUGUGAUUAAUGGCUGUUGAAGCUCGGCAUCUGAGUCUUUUUCCUCCACAGAUUCUCAACAACAGAGAGUUGAUGAUGAAUAGUGUUGAAGGCAUUGGAAACGCGUACGGUGCUCCUAUGGGAUACGGACUCGUGGCUCCUUUAUCGGGAACAACCACCGCGACUGAAACUGUCCUUCCCAUUUACGGUUCGGCGAUGCCGGAAACUGUUGCCGGGAAAACUGCUGCGAUUAAGUCUGAUAGUGGCCUAACGUACGCCGUCCCGAUUUCGAGGAAGCGACCCAGAGAUGCCAUCAAUCCUCUGGUUUCGUCAUUACCGAGCGGCGUCCAGAGUCAAAGUUCAAAUAACCGUCGCGGUUCUUUUACUUUCCUCGGAGAAGAUUUCUCGUUUCAGUUCCAACAGCAGCAAUUGGAAAUCGAUCGCUUCAUUGCUCAACACACUGAAAAGGUGAGGAUGGAAAUUGAAGAGAGGCGAAAGAGAUACUCCAGGAGAAUCGCAGCGGCCGUGGAAGAAAACAUAAUGAAGAAGCUAAAAGCGAAAGAAGAGGAAAUCGAUAAAAUCCCUGUGCGUGGAAAAUCAAAUAUGGAGAGACUUGGCCCAAACAAACGAAGCAACAGCAAACGCCCUGAGAUGCAAUCUGGAACAAGUCCUGGCCCAAGUCCAAGACGAACAGCAGCAGCAGCAGGAGAACCGCCACCGUGCAGGCGAAGUGGCGUUGAUGGACGACGCGGAGUCGUGCUGCGGCAGCAACUUCGACGAAACGGGCCGGCACACAUUGGUGGAUAUCCCCACAACGGCCGGUCGUGAUCGCGAUUACAACAGUAAUAUGAAGGAGGGGUGCAUUGGGACGAGCAACAAGAACAGGAUGUGCAGGAACUGUGGGAAAGAGGAAUCAUGCGUGCUGCUUUUGCCGUGCAGGCAUCUCUGCCUCUGCACUGUUUGCGGGUCGUCUCUUCAUACUUGCCCCGUUUGUAACUCCACUAAAACCGCUAGCGUUCACGUAAACCUCUCCGCCUCCUGAGCACCGGAAUUCGAAUUAGCUAGCUAGACUCUGUUUCUGAAUUUCCAAAAGUAGUAUAAAUUCGUUACCAUCACAAUACCAAACCAAAAAGCCUGAAAUAGAUUAGUCCAAUAUACUCUUUACUAACUUUGUUCAUUUUCCCAUUCAUCAAUGUAACUAGUUUUUUUCUUUUCAACUUUACAUUACUGUUCAACAUAUCUUUUCUCUUCA